AUGGGAACGUUCGCGGCGGCUUCGGCAACGACUACUAGCAGCACCAGCGGUACGUCCUCGAGCGGCAACUCUUCCUCCACAUUCCCCUCCAGUACGCAAGAGGGUGAGGAGGCCGAAACAACGGCACCGACGGGACCGCUCUUUUUCGUCGAUGGCGGACAGCUCUUCCUCGACAGCCUAGCGGUCCGCGGUGGCUACACGUCCAACUCCACGGGCUCGUUCACCUACGCCGCCAGCACGGACGCCGCCGCCGACGGUACCAACAGCACAACCACCUCCGGCGUCAAUGAAACCGCCAUCGCUACCGUGGUGAUCAGCGGAGGAGGCGUUCACGCCAUCGACUCCAACGUGACCGUCACCGGGUGCGAGUUUGAGGAGAACUACGCCGACUACUGGGGCGGAGGAAUCUUCGCGAACGGUUCGACCUUGGUCGUGCACGGGUCCGUGUUCCGCCGCUGUGAGGCCGGGGAGGUGCCGUUGCCGGGGGACGAGGACGUCGACGGGGCCGGCGGCGCGAUCGGGGCGGAGUUCACGGACGUGCUUGUCGACGGCUGCCUGUUCGAGAAGUGCUUCGCCAGCAAGAAGGGGGGCGGCAUGCACCAGGGGAUAGGGCAGAUAUCGGUGCUGGACUCGGUCUUCUACAACAACACGGCUGGGAGCACCAACAUCGAAGACGAUGACGAGAUCGGGGAGGGCGGCGCCAUCUCCUUCACCGUGUGCAACACCUCUUUCGACGGCUUGGCGGCCUGCGGGGCCAACGACACCGUGUUCUUCAAGAACGACGUAGGGCGCAAGGGGGGCGCCAUUGUCAUCGGCAGCGGUAGGAAUUCUUCCUACGUCGAGCUCCACCGGUGCACGGUGGAGAAGAGCGAGAGCGGCCUGGAGAUAGAGGACGACCCGCAGGGGGAGGGGGGCGCCGUGGCGGUAGCCUGGGGUAUCACCCUGCUCGUGGCGGACAGCCUGCUUACGGACAACUACUGCGGCAAGAAGGGAGGGGUGGUAACACUGUCGUCCGGAGAAGGCUUUCCGGGUGAUGCUGUCGACGAGCCCGGACCUGUUGUCAUCCUCAGGAACUCCACCUUCACUGAUAACUGGGCCCACCUCGACAACGCGGGCGUGGUGAACCUCGGCGAGUUCGCCACGCUUUUGGUGGAGGGGGACGACAACGUUUUCGCGGGAAACGAGUGCGGCCAGAACGGUGCGGUGUUCGGAGCCACCACCGACACAGUCAUCGUCAUCGAGGGGGGAACCUUUUUCGGCAACGAGGCUGCGGAUGGUGGCGGCGUGAUCUGGACCAAGGGCGACGUGACCAUCCUCGGGGGAAAUUUUUCGGGGAACGAUGGGGCGGAAUCGGGAGGAGUAGUGCUCGCUUCGGAGGAGAGCACGAUCUUUAUUGCGGGUGGUCUCUUCCAGGGUAACGAGGCGUUGGACGGAGGCGUGGUGUUCGUGGGCGAGGGGGCGGCGGUGGAAGUGGAAGGAGGCGUUUUCGACUCUAACCUUGCUGGCAAUGGGGGCGGCGCCUUCGCUGCGGAGGAAGGCGGACACAUUAACAUCACGCAAGGAACUUUCACGAACAACGAGGCCGACUUCGGGGGGUUUCUGUACAAGGAGGGGCCGGGAAACGCCUCCUGCACGGGUGCGAGCGUUGUGGGGCACCGCGGCGUCGACGGGGGUGCCGUGUAUGCCGUCGAGGGGGCCAAGCUGGAAUGGGGGUGCGACCUGGUGAACAACUCUGCGCUUGCGGGACCUGCCAUCUACGCUCGGGACAAUGCGGAGGUGGUGCUUCGCGGGGUAGAGCUUUACGACAACGUCGUCGCUCGCGGGAGCGUCGUCUUCAUCGUUUCCAGCAACCUCACCACCUACCAGACGGUUUUCACCGACACCGAGGGGUCUUCUGACCUGUCUGCGGUUCAAGCGGACGAGGACUCUAGCUACAAGGCUGAGGACACCUCGUUCGUUGGCUUCGCCGGAGAGGCGGUUGUCUUCAGCGAAGGGAUUCUGUAUCUCGACGAUUGCGACUUCAGCGGCAGCGCUGCCUCGGUUCUGGUCUACUCGGAACGGAAUUCCACCACCGUCGUGCGGAACGCCGUCCUGGGGGACAACAACUAUUUCGACGUGGCAGAGGCGGCUUCGGAGGCCGGCGAUAUCCCUACGGCCCACUCGCUGAUCAGCGUGAAUGUCACUUGCGACGGAUGGAUGCCGUUCUCGUCGACCCCUCCCUGCAGCGAGGGGUCCCCGUGUAUCGACGGCGACCUCGGGGUGUACUGCCAGUGCUACACGCGGGAGUCUUCCAUAGCAGAGGGUUCCCCCUCCGAGACGUGCGUCACGGGAGACCCGGGGCUGCUUAGCCUCACAGUGCUGUCGGAACCCGCCGACGCCGUCUACCCUACCAUGCUCGACGGAGACCUCCUCCUGACCCUUAAUGACGAUGAAACGGUCACCACCAGCAGCAGUGCAGGGGGCUCCGGGGUAGCCUUGUCGGCCGGGGCGGGAACGGAAGGCGGCGUGAUUUGGAACGUUUCGGCGUUGGUGUUGUCUUCGGAGGAAGGGUUAAUGGAGUGGACGGUGUUUCCGUCGACCGGUCUGCUGCUCCCGGGGCGGAGCAUCACACUCCACGUGGUGACCCUUCCCCUCGACGACUUCAACGGAGAGGCCACCGUGAGCUUCCAGGCGGACGGGAUGUCUCCUCCCGCUUCUCUUGUCGCCGAGGCCGCCGCUGCUGUUGUCGUCCAGACCACUUCAUUGGCGGAUGAUGGGGAGGGGGAGACAGCCGCUGCUUCCUUCGACGUGUCCUUCGUCCAUUGCGAAAGCGGGACAUACUGGAACAACUCGUGCGAUCCGGAAGGCGACUCCGUCUCUUGCUGCGAGCUGUGCACGGAUGUCGAUGGAGACGAAGAUGGGGUGAACUGCGAUGAAAACGGCGCGACGACCCGAACUCUCCCCAUCCAGUCGGGGUACUGGCGAGCUUCGCUGGAUUCCGUCUACAUCCGCCAGUGCUUCAACGAGGACGCCUGCCAAGGUGGAAGCAUCGUCGCCAGCGAGCAGGAGUACUGCAACGCCGGCUACGAGGGGCCCCAGUGCGCCGUGUGUGCCUCGGGGUACGGCAGGGGGGUGGCCAACGCAUGCCACCUGUGUACGGCUAGCUUCAAGGGGGGCAUGUACUUCGUGCUUGCUGUCGCGGCGCUGCUGACGCUCUUCGUGGCCGCACUGCUAGCGGUGUACCUGGUGGGAGGCAGGGGCGCGGUCUCAACCACCAUGACCAACACCCGGGAAUCGGUCAGGAUGCUACAGAGGCGCGGCUCCGGCCUACUCCGCUCGGAGGGGACGACCCGCCGCUUCCACUUCAGCGCCAGCGGGGGCGGGAGCAGCGGGGGGCACCCCACUAAGGGCAGCAGCGCUCUCAAGAGCGUUGGCGAGGAGAGCGAUGGCGGCGAAAGUGGCGGAAGCGGCCGGUUCUUGGGGGCAUGGGGUCGCCGGAAGAGCGCCAGCAUCGGGGCCCCUCCUCCCGGCGCUAUUACCACCUCCUCUGCUGCGGGUUCAGGCCCAUCGAGCUCUGUCAACGACAAGGGCGCCGGGAGCAAGGCGGACUCUGCCGGCACCGUGGGAGCCGGCUUUGUUCCUCUUGCCCGCAGCCGUGCCGCCGCCGCCGCCGCGGGGGGCACUGCAGCCAGCAGCAUCCUUGUACCCCCCACCAUGCAGCGGGCCGACAACGAAGAGGAGGCGGACGUGAGCAACAACACGGUGGGGAGCAGCAGCAGCGGCCGCGGCCUACAACCCUCUGCUGCGCCGGCCGUGCGGGGCCCCGGCGGUGGCGGGAAGGGGGCACGAGAAGGGCAGCAGCAAGGAGGGGGUGGCGGCGACAGGAAGAAGAAGACGGCCGCCGCUAGGAUCGGGGAGAUGCUGGCGCGUCUGCCCCUGUCCAAGCUUAAGAUCGUCGUAGUCGUGUGGCAGAUAUCGAACGCGUUUGCGGAGAUCACGAAGGUGCCGUUCCCCCCGGUAUACGAGAAAUUCCUGUCCAUCAUCGGGAUAUUUUCGUUCGACCUUGGCUGGAUGAUAUCGGCGGCGUGCCUGACCGCGGGCAUCGACUUCUACGACAAGCUUUUACGGGGGAAGGGGGCUUCGCGUACGGCGAUGGCGGCGGCGGCGGCGGCGGAGAGGGCACGGCAGGGGAGGGCGAGGCCGUCUGCUAGGAGGGUCUGGAGGAACGGUCCCGGUGACGAGUCGGACCUGGAGCAGAACCACCUGUGGGAGCUGUUCGCCAGGCACACCACCAUGAUGCUCAUCAUCCUGUACCUUGUGUACACACAGGUUUCCACGGUGGUGUUCCAAGCGUUUGCUUGCGAAGACUUUCCCGAGAUCGGCAAGAGUUUCCUUCGGGCCGACUUCCGGAUAGAGUGCGACACGCCCAAGCACGAUAACUACAAGAUUUACGCCGCCGUCAUGAUCUGCAUCUCCUUUUGGUACUUCCUCACGAGGCAGAGGUCCCGCAUCAACCCGCCCACGGACAAGGGGCUGAAGGACCAACGAGGGCGCAAGCAUGUUGUGGACGAGAAGAUGAAUCAGAGGAGGACGGACCGAGCAAUUGCCCCGACUUCUUUCCUCUGGAACGCCUACUACCCGAACCGAUACUACUACGAGGUUUUCGAGUGUAUGCGGCGUCUACUGCUGACGGGGCUGCUGGUGUUCCUCGUGCCCGACACGCCGGGACAGGUGGCCUUCGGUUGCGUCUUCGCCUUCCUUAGCCUGUUGGCGUUUGAGCUGCUUCGGCCACACACGGACCACCUAGACAUGCAGCUCUACCGUACGGGUUGCCUGGUGAUCUUCUUCACCAAUUUCCUGGCCCUGAUGAUCAAGGCCAACGUGGCCAGCCCUGACUCUAGGGGCUCCGAGGUAUACUCGGUCGUGCUGAUCAUCGUCAACGUGCUCUUCUUCCUGUCCAUCUUCUGGAACACAUGGGCCGCGGCUAAGGCCUCCUUCAGCAGACGACACGUGCAGGACAUGAUGCUGGGAGUCGACAUUGUCAACGAGAAACAGCUGGACAAGAUCAUCGGCCCCAAGAACACCAAGGUCAAGAAGACCAACCAGCAGAAGCUCGACGACGCCCUCGGUCCCGAUGAUGGCGCCGGCGUCGAUAAGGCCGUCGAAGACGGGAAGAUGGAAGACCUUGAGGCUGCCCCCGCCUGGGAGGCAGACCCGGACGACCCUCCCGACUCGCCCGUCGACAUCAGCAGCAGGUUUUUUUCCCGGGACCCCGGGGGGCACUCGGUUGCGAGCACGGUGGCGGUACCCUCCACCUUUUGGGGGGCUCCGUCCAUCAACGCGUCUCCCAGCGGUACCGGCGGCCCCAGCGUCGCUGGCAGACGUUCCGUAAACUCUGUCGCUUCUGUUUCUGCUUCUGCUUCUGCUGCUCCUCUCCGUAGGGGGGGUGGGUCGUACCCGGUUGCGUGGGGCGGCGGAGGGGCCCCCGCGACCGGCGGUGGGGGGGUAGCAAUAAACACCGGCGACCCCGGUCCGGAGUCGUCGCCGUUGGUGGAAGGGACGGAGUGAGAAGAUGAAGGGCACCAGCAACGGACAUGGUUGGGCCGGGCGGUAGGUGGUUGCUUCGGCGUCAGUGUGAUGUUGACGUCGCUCGUUGUUUUCGGCAGCGGCCUUGAGGAGGAAUGUUUCUGUCCCUAUGGGUCACGGCAAAAGAUGGUUGUUGUGUGUCGGAGACAAGAGUAUUGGUACAUUAUUUUUGCUGCUGGGCGAGACGCGUUUGUGCAAUCUCUUGUUUUUUUUAUUACGUUUUUCGUGAUAAUAUCGUUGUGUCCGAGCUCUGCUUCCAGUAUGUACCAAAAACGCACGGCCUAAGGAGGAUAAGAGCGGGAGGGAGGCUGGUGAGCCUUUCGACCACAACAAGAGCCCACGAGGCGGACCAGCCAUUUGGUUCCGGGUGCAAAAUAUUUAGCUUCCUGUGAACUGGGUCCAGUCAAUGCUAAGCCUCUUUUCAUUCAUGCAUUGACACAUGGGUGGUCGUGUUGGGCAUGGUUUCUCGACUGUUUAUUUCUUUGCGGAUGCCGGCCUGGAACUCUUGUUUUGGGCGCGGAAUCUUGAUUGUUUUUUAUUUCUUGGCGGAUGCCAGCCACUGUGUUGCCAAUUGACAGAAGCACACGCCUUCCGAUAACCGGGGCUUGCCGCUUCUGUUGGCAUGUAUUGUUUGCGGAAGGACAUGGGGUCUACGGUUGGCUGCGCAGCUCUGUAUGUGAAG